GGGGCAAAAUAUUCCAGUGAGUGUGUGUGACGCUUUCCAGUCAUUGGAAUUUAGCUCGUGGUGUCUCAAAGGUAUCAAUGAACUUCGUGAAGAUUUUAGAUAACCUUACUUUUACUCAACGUACAAAAGUCAGGUAGCGUUUGCUUUCCGAGGGGAUUUUGGUCAGUGUCUUCUUUAAGAAGUUGUCUCUUACCUCUUCUUUUACAACAACCGUUGUAAAUCUGCAAACCGAGUCCAGGAUGAAAUACAUUAUAGGAAUUGGCGGGAUAACAAACGGUGGUAAAACCACGUUGACGAACAGACUGGUUAACCUUUUGCCUAACUGCUGUGUAAUCCACCAGGAUGAUUUUUUCAAGCCACCGGAUCAAAUAGAAGUCGGAGCGGACGGCUUUAGGCAAUGGGAUGUCAUCACAGCUUUGGACAUGGAAGCAAUGGUUAACACCGUGAAGGGCUGGGUGGAGAAUCCGGUGAAGUUUGCCCGCUCUCACGGCGUGGGGUUGUCCCCUACUGUGGAGCUAGAGGACCCAGAGCAGCAGACCCACAUCCUCAUUGUGGAGGGCUUCCUGCUCUACAACUACAAGCCCUUGGUUGAUGUGUUCGACAAGUCUUACUACAUCAGUAUCCCAUAUGAGGAAUGCAAAAGGAGAAGAAGUACGAGGCAGUACACUGUCCCAGACCCCCCGGGCCUGUUUGACGGCCACGUGUGGCCCAUGUACCUGAAGCACAGGAAGGAGAUGGAGGAAUGCUGCUUUAACAUCGAAUACCUGGAUGGCUUGAAGUCUAAAGAUGAGAUCUUCAACGCUGUGUUUCAAGACAUCCAGAACACAUUGUUAAAUUGUUUAUAGUAAGAACUCAACAUCACUGCCCUGUACAGAGCUGUAAAUAGAAUGCAGUGGGAUUUUUCUCUUUUUUUCUCACCCAAACCUUUGUAUAUAUUUUGAAGGAAUUGACUAUAAUUUAUCACCUUUUUUGAAUGGAGCUCAAGUUAGGAUUUUUUUGUUUGUUUUGUUUUUCAUUUACUUGCAUUUUUGUUACUUGAUUAUGUAUUGUUUUUGUAAGUGGAGGUAUAUCUGUGCAUACAUGCAGGUCAUUACAACUUGACUAGUCUGAAAGAACUACUCGUACUACAACAUAGCUUUUCAUUACUGUGUAGAGUACCCAGCACAACCAUCAAAACAACAUUCUGUUUGUUUUAAAAUAAAAGACGAGUACAAACAA